AUGUUAUAUAUGAAUAUCAAAGAGACUGGAAAGAGUGUUCCGAUACAUGAAUGUACGAGCACACUGGAGAAAGCAAUUAACGUUACUGCAUACGUUUUUCGCUUCAUAGACAAAGUAAAAGCGAAGGUGAAAGAAUCGAGAGAAUGGGAGAGAAAGUACGGAAAGAGGCGAAGACGUUCGUUGCGGUACGCAACGAAGCUGGAAAGAAAGGCGAUUCAACUCACAUCGUCAGAGAAAGAAGGUGCGAUAGUAUAUCUGCUGCGGAGAGAACAGGAAAGAUAUUUUGGGAAAGAAAUAACUGCCAUCCGAAAGAAGAGAAAUUUGCACGGGAGAAGUAAGAUAGAAGCUCUAAAGCCUGUAUUGGAUGAUAAAUUGGUCCUGAGGGCUGGGGGGCGACUGGAAAGAUCUGAGAUAGAAUAUGGAAAGAAACAUCCAGCUAUAGUACCGACUGGUUCUCGACUAGCAUGGCUGAUAAUGGACAGUGCUCACAAGGCAACAAAGCACGGGGCUGUUCAGGUCAUGAUGCAACACAUACGAGAAAGAUUUUGGAUUCCGAGAUUAAGAAGCGAAUUGAGAAUGUUCAUACACAAGUGUUUGGUUUGUGUUCGAUACAACCACAGAUACGAAAGUCAGCUAAUGGCAGAUCUGCCGAAGGAAAGAGUAACUCCUGGAAAGGCAUUUCUACACACAGGUGUAGAUUAUGCGGGACCAUUUGAAAUCAAAACAUUGGACAGAGUCGGUGAACAGAUAACGAGACAGAAAUGUUGGGUCUCUAUUUUUGUUUGUCUCAAAACGAGAGCCAUACAUAUCGAUGUUGUGUCAAGUCUGACAUCAACUGCAUUCAUUGCCUGCUACGAAAGAUUUAUAUCCCGAAGGGGAAGAUGCGAAAGAAUGUACAGCGACAACGGCACCACGUUCGUUGAAGCUGCGAAAGAACUACAGAAAGCGAAAGAAGCUUGGCAAGGGAAAGAGACGAUAGACUUUCUUGGUGCGAAAGGGACAGAGUGGAGAUUUAUGACUCCAGCAGCGCCACAUCAAGGUGGCAUCUAUGAGGCCGCAGUGAAAUCUAUGAAAUUUCACUUAACAAGAGUGGUCGGAGCGAAAGUACUGACUUAUGAGCAGAUGUUGACAUUGCUUGCUGGAAUAGAAGCAAUUUUGAACUCAAGGCCAUUGCAGGCACUCAGUGACGAUCCGAAUGAUUUACAGGCGUUAACGCCGGGACAUUUUCUGGUGGGAGAGCCAUUAGUGCUUCCACUACCAUUCAUAACGGGAGAGAUACCAAGUACACAUGGCGUACAACUAUGGAAAGAACGAAAGAGAAUGCUUACUCACUUUUGGGUAAGAUGGAAAGAGGAAUAUCGGGUGACAUUACUAGAACGAAAGAAAUGGAGAAGAGAGAAGCACAACGUCCAGGUAGGUCAGCUGUGCAUUAUUAAGAGUGAGAAUUUCCCGCCUUCAGCGUGGGCUAUGGGAAGGAUCAUCAAGGUGAUACCCGGAAAAGAUGGACUUGUUCGAAAUGUGAUGAUACAGACUGCAACCAAUCAGCUAAAGAGGCCGGUGCAGAAGAUUUGUAUUUUACCAAUAGAAGAGUAA